CUCAGCCACCUCGAUAUGACCAUGCGUAAUGACGCUAAGAUCCACGAACUCAACUGACAGAUCUCCGCUUUAAUCUGGGAUCAAAACUAAAAUGAUCAACCGCCUCCUCGCUUGGAGUUGACGUUCGAUCCACGUUCGGUAGUUUGCUGUCCUUUCUCCGCUUGCGCGUCUCCAAUGUCUCUCCCGGUAGUUCUCCCCGGAUCGUGUUGCUCUGUAUCCAGGGUUCCGCUGGCCUCUCAGUUGGCAGACCCGACGUUCAGGAUCCGGCCGCCUCGCUGCAUAUCUGCCUCUCGCAUGCCUGGUUCUCAGUCGAGGCUGCUCCCAGCGCUGCUCCCCGGCCGCCCGCUGCUCUCCCUCGGAUUGCUGCAGCUGGUUCUCGGCUGCUCCAUGGUCGCGCUCUCCUUCGGAGCUCUCUCCCUCAGUAGCUCUCCACCCAUCCGAAACUCAUGCCCUUUCUGGGCUGGGUCUUCAGUGAUCCUGUCAGGGAUCGUUGGCCUCACAACAUGGAGGAGACCCAUGCUGCUGCUGGUGAAUCUGUUUGUUCUGCUGUCGGUGGUGUGUGUUCUCCUCAACCUGGCUGGCUUCAUCCUCUGCUGCCAGGGGGCUCAGCUGGUCUCCACCAUGACCAACUGCCAACUGAGCGAGGCGGGGGAUGUGUGUAACUGUUGUCCCCAGAUCUCCAUGUGCCCUGAGGAGAAACUACUCAAACUCUACCCUGGGCACUCCUGUAACACCAUGAGGGUCCUGCUCAAGAAGGUUCUGUUUGCUCUGUGUGUUCUGAAUGCUCUGACCACUGCAGUAUGCCUGGUGGCUGCUGCCCUGCGGUACCUACAGAUCUUCACCACACGACGCCCAUGUAUGGAUGACCCCAGGCCAAUCACAGAGGAAGGGGAGGAGACAAAUAUUGUCCCUGACCCAGAUGAGUUUGUCCCCCCUGCUCCUCCCCCAUCCUACUUCUCAACCUUCUACUCCUACACCCCCCGGCUGGCUCGCAGGAUGUUUGGGGACAGUGUGAUACCUCUGCCUCCUGUCUAUGCAGCCAGGAUUAAAGGAGUAGAGGUGUUCUGUCCUCUUGACCCUCCCCCUCCAUACGAGGCUGUUACAGGAGGCUCCGCCCUCGCCACUGCAACACAGGAGACAGAGAUUCCGAUUACCAUGACAGAUCUGCCUGAGUUGGCGGAGGAGCGGAGUGAGCGCUCGGAGACGGGUACUCCUGUUAGAGAUGCUGGUCCCCAGACGACGGUUGUUCCAGUGCCCCCGUCUCCCCAAUAUCACCCCUCUCCCCAAUCUCCUCCCUCCCCCUCCCUGCACCAGGCCAGACCUCCCCAGGACCAGGGUACUCCUGUGCCACCCAUUAGGAGGUCUCAGCGCCAGAGACCCAGACGCUCUAACAGUGACCCUGUCCUACUGAACCUGGCUGCCAAAGUCUUAAGCUGUGAAGCAGCCACACAGACCACCGAGGUCUCCACCCAGACUUCCAAGUCCGCCCUGGCCUCCCAGUCGUCCCGGCCCCAGACGGUGGCUCUCCGGCGGGGUGGUAGAGGCCAGCGGCGUCCCCGGCCCUCCUCCAUGGUGGACUACCAGAGCUACAGACACACCCAGCAGCUGGUCAGCAGGUUUCUAGAGCAGCCGGCCCACUGCAGCCUGACACCCGAGGUCCAGGAGCUGGUGGACAGCAUCCGUAGCGUGCUGCGCUCAGACCAGGAACACAUGGAGGAGGCCGUCCGCUGUGCCAGCUUCAUAGAACAGGUGAUCACAGUAUCAGAGACACCAGUUGGAGCCCUGCCCCAGCCCCUGUCCCUCCCCAGGGGAUGCUCCAGACCCCAUGUCCCCAUCCUGGACUGUUCCUCCCGGACCCUCCCCCAGCCCCUCCGGAAGAGGCCCGGCCUGCUGCACCUGCGGAGUUGUGGAGACCUCAGCACCUUCACCUGGGCAGAGCAGCAGCCACUAGAGGCAAGGCAAGGUGGUGGGUCUGGCUUCAAGUCCUGGUCUAGAGCGGGUUCUAGAGUAGGUUCUAGGUCAACGUCACGGGCGGGCUCACGUCUGGAUCAUCACGAACGCCCCCACAGUCUCAUAGGGGUGUUUAGAGAAACAGUGAUCUGAUGGAACCCUCUUCCCAUCCGAACACUCCCCGAGCACAAACUGAUGGCAAGGUCCACUGGGGGAAACACCUUAUUGACUCCAAGGAAAAGGCGCCCCCUGGCGGCGAGGUUUGGGACUGCAACUGCUAAACCUUGUGGGGAAAAGCCAUUCUAAAGAACUUUGAAACUGAGUCCCACAGACUGCAAGUACUAGCCUUUAGAAGGGCUGUGUGUGUGCAGCUGCGUGUGUGUGUUGUGUGCCUAAGGUGUGUGUGUGUGUGUGUGUGUGUGUGUGUGUGUGUGUGUGUGUGUGUGUGUGUGUGUGUGUGUGUGUGUGUGUGUGUGUGUGUGUGUGUGUGUGUGUGUGUGUGUGUGUGUGUGUGUGUGUGUGUGUGUGUGUGUCUGCUGCACUAACACUGUUGAAGUGUAUGUACAGUGUGUAGUGUUGUCUGUACACUGUUGUUUGCAUUGUGAAAGAGGUGACCUGGGAAUCAAAGGUUUCAAAAUGGUCUCCAAAUAUUUCCAUUAACAAUUCUGUGUUACAAGCUAUUAUAAAAUGAUUGGCUGUACAUAUGUCAGCACUGAACCCUACCUGCAUGUGAGAGUCUAUGGAAGGCUCUCUCUCUCUAUACUUCACUAUCUGCCCAGUGCCUUAAAUAAAGCAACGUGGAAUGUUCCAUAUAAAAUGUUCAGUAUUUAAUUAAACUGGCCAUGCACUAUGA